CUAGCUCGACUAAGAAUCAUCACGAAUAUCGUGUAUUUAUGAUGCACAACAACAGCGUUGUUUAUCGGGUGACGUACUGACGUACAUUUGGUAUUGUGAAAGAAACAUUAUAUGACAAGAAAUGACAAAUAAUUUCGAUACGACUAAUCGUUCGGAUUUUAAGUGGCCUUUCUUGGCGGAGAGACAACGGAUUUUCGACUGGGACCGAUACGAAUUUAAAGCCAAUGCGGAGCAUAAACAGAUUCUACCACCACAGUCAUUUUGUAACGUAGAGACACUCAAGUCGAUACCGUAUGCUCAAAGGUUGCGUUUCGAUUUCGAUUGUCAUCCGAAGCCCAUUUUGAAUAGUCAGCAACCACCUAGUCAUUAUCCCACUGAAAAAGUGAUUGAGUACAAUAAAGAGAAAGCAGACGCAAGAUCGAAUAUCCUGAGGACGAGACCCAGAGUUUUCAAGUGUCCUCAGAUCAGUCUCGAUGACGUAUCAGCCGACAGACGGGACAUGGUUUGCACCUUCGUGUACAGCACUUCAAAAACAAUGAGUGAACUAACUUCUGGUGUGCCAGAGGGUCGUUCGAUUCCCGUCGACAUACCGUCAAAACCAUUCGCGGACCCGGGCAAAUUCAAAAAACAGCCAUUAUACAAUACCAUAAAUCCUGCUAAAAAUUGGCGUCGUGUCAGCAUUGAAUGGGAUGAAACACAGAGACGAAUUUUCGGUGGUCGGUCUAUAAACUAAUAUUCACAUUAAAUUAUCGAUAAAUUGUUUGUAUUUUAUUGAAGUACGGUGUAUAAUAUAUUUAAUAAAUAACAUAA